AUGGAACGCUACAGGAAGAUAGAAUUAAAGGGAAAAGGUAGUUAUGGUCAAGCUAUAUUGGUUCAAAAUAAAUAGGAUAGAAAGUUUUACAUUAUGAAGAUAAUAGAUGCAUCCAAAUUUGAUAUCAAAGAAAAAGAAAAUGCACUCAAUGAAAUAGAUGUAUUGAAGAAUUUACAUCAUCCAUGCAUAAUUGAAUACAGGGAAUCUUUUGUGGAUAAAAAUAAAUAUUUGUGUAUUGUGAUGGAUUAUGCAGAAGAAGGAACACUGCAUCAAAGACUUGAAUAACAAAAAUAAAAACAGGAGUAUUUGAAAGAGAAUCAAAUUAUAGAAUGGUUCACAUAAAUUUGUUUAGCUGUCAAAUAUAUUCAUGAUAGACGAAUCAUACAUCGAGAUAUCAAAACUCAAAAUAUAUUUAUUUCAAAAGGAGAAAUAAAACUAGGUGAUUUUGGAAUUGCUAAAUCCCUUAUUAAUUCUGAGGAUCUCUGCUAAACUGCUAUUGGAACUCCAUACUAUAUCAGUCCAGAAGUUUGUUAAAGAAUUCCUUAUGAUUAUAAAUCAGAUAUCUGGAGUUUAGGGUGUAUGUUAUAUGAGAUGAUGGCAUUGAAGCAUGCCUUUGAAGCCAAAACAAUGGAAGGACUAUUUUUGAAAAUUAUCAAUGGAAAAUAUUAGCCUAUGCCCAUCAAUUAUUCCUAAGAACUCAUCUAAUUACUAAAAGAUAUUUUAAACACAGAUCCUUAAAAGAGACUCAAUAUCAAUUAGAUAUUAGAUUAUAGAAUAAUUAGAAAAUCAAAAAACGAAUUUGUGCAAAGAAAAACUUAAAAUUUACAAAAGAUACAAUUUAUUUCUGGAUAAGUUAAGAAAAUUGAAAGUCUCUCUGGUCGAAUUAGACAUUAUGAGAGUGAGUAAAAAGAAUAUGGAGAAUCACUUGCGGAUCUAAUUGAGAAAAUGAGAAUGGAGCUUGAAGAAUAAUUAGGAGUUGAAAAAUUUAUCAUAAUUUACAAUUCUUUAAAAAAUGAGGAAGAUUCUUCCAAAUUUAGUAAUGAGAUUAUAAUAGAUAAAAUUACCUAGCUUCUCCAGUUAGAACAAUUAAUAUUUUGA